AUGGAUAAAACAACGCAAUAUAUCAUCGGGUAUACAUCGAUCUCUGUGGCACUUCUAAGUUGGUCUAUCUAUGAUUCGUUGUCCAAGUCAUUUAACUAUAUAAUGUUUAUCAUUGAAUUCACAGAUGGAUUGAAGCUUGGUAUAUUUAUAAAUUCAAUUGUGUUUACUUUCCUUGGUGUCAACAAGAUACUCCAAUUGGUGUUGUUUGGAACACUACGAAUGAUUGAGGUUGAGCAUUUGUUGGAGAAGCUACCUAUCUUUGCUAUCAACUUAUUCCUCAACCUAGCCACGGGCGAUAACAACAUCUUGCUAAAUGUGUUGCUAAUGGGGAUUGCUAUGACAUUCAAGGUGGUCCACAUCAUCAUGUUUGAUCGUUUAGAUCUUUUAAAUCUCCAAAUUUUUAAUAAAUUGAACGACGACGAAUUUGGUGAUCGAGUUGCAUUGAAAGAUGUCAUCAAGUACUACCUAAGUCUGAUUAACCUUUGGCUCAAUUUAUCACUUAUAGUGGUUGAUUUUGGCGUGGCAAAGUUUUUAGUUUACGAUGUUUUCCAAGGAGUCAAUUCCUUCACUUGUUUGCUAUUUGGAUUUCAAUUUGCUGUUCAAGGGGUUGAAGCUUUGACAAAUUUUGCCAAGUUGUUGUUGGGAUUUUAUGAAAUUGUGUUUUAUAAGGUCAAGAAGAACAAUAGGGAGGCUGAGAGGGAAAGUGAGCUUGCAAGAGAAAGUGUUGAAGAAGCUGAAGUGGAAGGAAGCGACGCAGUGGAAAAUAGAGACACUGAGGAUGCAGAGGAAGUUGGCUUUGAAAACGAUGAUGAUAGCGAGCUUGAUUACGUUUGGGAGAACAAACCUUAUUACGGCAAAGCCAUAGACAUUUCAUCGGCAUUGCUAACCGCGGUUUCUUAUAUUUGUUUUAUUUAUCUUUUGACAAUACACUCGGGAUUAUCCUUGCCAUUGUCUAUGCUCCAAGGAACUUACUCGUCAUUGAGGAAAGCAUGGAUCCAAAUCUCACAACUUUUGUCACUUAUUGAGUCUUCUAAGCGGUUAGAUACACAAUUGCUAAAUGCCACGAAAGAGGAUUUGGAACGAUCCGAUAACUCGUGCCUUAUUUGUCUUGAUGAUAUGUACUCUGUUGAAGAGUAUCACAGGCUAUUCAAAAAGCCCCAGGCACCAAGAAGAGUCCCCAAGAAGUUGCAAUGUAACCACAUUUUGCAUUUGGGAUGUUUGAAAGAAUGGUUGGAGAGAUCUGACAGCUGCCCAUUAUGCAGACGUAAAGUGUUUGGCCCUCAAGAUGCCGGAGCAAGAGCACAGCAGCGUGCGGAUGAGCAACAAGGAGGUAACGACCGCGCCCAGUUUGCCGAUCAAGUGGACCAAAAUCAGGUGGCACAGCCAGAACCGCAGCCAGUGCACAGACCAGAACCGCCACAACCAACACCAACUACAACGAUACCCAUACCCCAAUCAAUGGAACAUCCGACAACCUCGCCAUCCAAUAACACUACUGCCAAUAUAACCGCUGUUGUGGACCGACAAACUGAAAUAUUGAGAACUGCGGCAGUUGCACACGCAACACCAACUGAGGGGAGCUCACGAGAUAUGACGAUAAACAGCACUACAUUGACUUCAACGCAACCGGCAACAACAUCCUCAUCGAAUUUGAGUGCUGGCGAACUUAACUAUCAAACGAUCAAUCUACCUUCGACGGCAGUUAUACCACCAGACUGGGUUUUGUUACCAUUGGAGCGCACGGAAGAGGAAGGAAUUGAUUACAAAGUGUGUUUAUCAACAGACCGCAAAGCGGACUUGAGAAUUCGCGAACGAGGCAGAAACAGAGACUUGAAAAUCUACGAGUUGCCAAAUGAUAGUUGA